UUUCUUUUAGCCUAGGCAUAUAACCUAAUAAUAUUAAUCUAUUUUUUUGCCUUAAGUGAAAGGAUUUUUUUUAUUAUAAUGGCACACCACGUAAGUCGUGUAGCUCUAAAUUUUAAUAAUUUUAAGUGCAAUGCUUUUAAUGUGAUUAAGUUUUUCAGUUCUUCAGAUUCGGGCAUUCCCAAGAAUGUACUCGAAAAUGUCAUAUCGGCCCAUCAUCAGGCAAAUAAUGGAGUGGUUUAUGACAAAAAGCCGUUUAGGAUGACUUUAGAAGCAGGUAAAAGGUAUUCCUGGUGUUUGUGUGGAAGGAGUAAAAAACAACCUCUUUGUGAUGGCACCCAUAAAAAUGAACAACUCAGAAUUACUCUUAAACCAGUUAAAUUUGCCGUUGAAGAAACAAAGGAAUACUGGUUAUGUAAUUGCAAACAAACGGCCCAUCGCCCUUUCUGUGAUGGAACACACAAAGUCAGUGAAGUACAAGAGGCAACGUCGAUUGUGAAGCAGUAAACUGAAGAGUUUUUGUAGUAAAUAGGAUUUAAUUGUAAAUAAAAUGUAAAUCUACUUAACAGUCAACAUUUAUUUCA